UUCCCCGGGCACCCAGGCUUCACAGCCUGCCCUCUGUGCAGGGCCCGGAGUGGGGGCCCACAGGGGUCCCAAGCAGGGCUGAUGAGGACGCUCCUGACCAUCCUGGUGGUGGGAUCCCUGGCCGCUCACGUUGCUGAGGAUGCCUCUGAUCUUCUUCAACACGUGAAAUUCCAGUCCAGCAACUUUGAAAACAUCCUGACGUGGGACGGCGGGACAGACAGCACCCCCGGCAUCGUCUACAGCGUGGAAUAUAAAAAGUACGGGGACAUCGCGUGGCUGCCAAAGGCAGGCUGCCAGAGGAUCAGAGGGAAAUCCUGCAACCUGACCAUGGAGACGGGCAAUCAUACUGAGUUCUACUAUGCCAGGGUCACGGCCAUCAGCCCUGGAGGCCGGUCAGCCACCAAGAUGACCGACCGGUUCAGCUCUCUGCCACACACUACCAUCAAACCACCUGACGUGACCUGUAUCCCCAAAGUGAGAUCCAUUCAGAUGAUUAUCCAUCCCACCCCCACGCCCAUCCGUGCAGGAGAUGGCCACCAGCAGACCCUGGAGGAGAUGUUCCAAGACCUGUUCUACCGUGUGGAGCUCCACGUCAACCACACCUACAAAAUGCACCUGGAAGGACAGCAGAGAGAAUACGAGUUCUCGGGCCUGACCCCGGACACCGAGUUCCUGGGGACCACCAUGAUUUUGAUUCCCACCUGGUCCAAGGAGAGCGCCCCCUAUGUGUGCCGCGUGAAGACGCUGCCCGACCGGACGUGGGCCUACUCCUUCUCGGGGGCCAUCCUCUUCUCCAUGGGCUUCUUGGUGGCCAUGCUCUGCUACCUGAGCUACAGAUACGUCACCAAGCUGCCGGUGCCUCCCAACUCCCUGAACGUCCAGCGCGUCCUGACCUUCCAGCCGCUGCGGUUCAUCCAGGAGCACGUGCUGGUCCCCGUCUUUGAGCUCGGCGGGCCCGGCGGCCUGUCCCAGCCCGUCCAGUACUCCCAGGUGGUGGUCUCAGGGUCCAGGGAGCCCCCAGGAGCCGCCCAGCUGCACGGCCUCCCUGAGAUCUCCUACUUGGGGCAGCCAGACAUCUCCGUCCUCCAGCCCCGCCACGCGUCUCCUCGCCAGGCUGUCUCCCCACCGUCCUGCACCCCGAAGGCCACCCCUGAGGUCGGGCCCCCGGCCUACACACCUCAGGUGGCCUCUGAAGCUAAAGCCCCGAGCUACGCUCCGCAGGCCGCCACCAAGGCCCAGCCGCUGCCCUACACCCCCCAGGCCACCCUGGACAGCUUGGCUGCUUCCUACGGGGUGUGCGUGGACAGCUCUGGAAAAGACUCCCCCUCGGGGACACUCCCGGGGCCCAAGCACCUCAGGCCGAAGGGGCAGCUCCAGAAAGAGGAGCCAGCGGGGAGCUGCCUUCCAGGUGACCUGUCUCUGCAGGGGGUGGCCUCCAUGGCCCUGGAGGAGCUCUGUGUGGACGGGGCACCCGGCCUGAACAGGGAGCCGGGGACCCCGCAGUACCUGGGAGGCCAGCUGUCCCUCCUCUCCUCCGUCCAGAUCGAAGGCCACCCGGGGUCGCUCUCUUUGCACACUCCUGCCCUCUCCUGCUCCCCCUCAGACCAGGAGCCAAGUCCCUGGGGCCUGCUGGAGUCCCUGGUGUGUCCCAAGGAUGAGGGUCUGGUGUCCAAGGCGGAGGCCAAGAGCCCAGCCCCUGGGGCCUCAGAGCUGGAGCCGCCCUCGGAGCCGGGCUCGCUGUUCAAGGAGCUGGCCCUGACCGUGCAGUGGGAGUCCUGAGGGGGCCAGCAGCCUGCGACCUCUCCUCCCCACCCCGACACCUCCUGGGCUGUCAGCCCCCACCCUGCCCGCCGCACACUCUGCAGCCAGCCCAGGUGGGUGCCCCGGAAAGAACCAGAGGAGGAGGCCAAGGGCCCCCACGGGAGCUGACCACGAGGGGACGACUCCGCCAGAGCAGCUGAGGGUGCAGAGAGGCGUCUGUUCCCGGUGAUUGCCCGAGGAGGGACAAGGGCCCGCGGCCAUCGGCUGGGCGGAACCAGAAAACUUAGACUUCUGCCAAGACCAGAGGCAGGGGCAGUCUAGCCCAGUGGCAGACUACAGGGAAGGGCGGCCUGGGGCUCACUCCCCCGUGGGGCUCCCUCCCGGAGCCGCACCUUUCCAGCUUCUUUCCUCUGCUGGAGGUUUUACCCCAGGGAACCUCCAGGUCCAACGGGUCGGAGCCACAGAAACCCUUCUUGCAAGCAGGAGUUUCACGCUCCAACCUGAGAACAGGGUUUGAAAGGAACUUGGGACUCUCUGGGCCCUGAAGAGGACACAAAGCAAAUGGCACUCACUUCACAGCUCUGGGGACUUGGACUCAGCCCAUUUGGGCUCAAAGUCCAGGCUCGACAAGUUGCAGCAGCGCAGCUUCAAGCAGCCGAUCCACGGCUCAGAACUCAGUUUCCUCAUCUGUAAAAUGGGGAGAGCACCACCCACCUCGCGGGGUUGUGGUGAGGAGGACAUCAGUGUCCCUAGUAGUGCCUGGCAUGGAGGCUGGGACCAAUAAAUGGUAGCCACUUCCUGACGUGAUUUUGUUAACUAUCUGGUGGCCCCAGGAGUCGACUUCCUGGGUUCAAGUUGGCUGCAGAUCACCUGGAAUUGGAUCAAGGGUUCAGAGGAUCCAGAUUGCCUCAGAGUUGCUUCAGGACAGGCCAGAGGACUGGACUUUCCAGAAUGGACCAUGGAGGGACUGCAGGACCUUUUGGAAACAGACCAGAGACAAAAGAUGCAGCGCUGCCUCCCUGCAGUCAGAGGCCUCCUUGUGCCUGGCUCUCAACAGCGCCCCCCGGAGGCCACGCAGCAGGCACUGGCCCCUGGCCUCCCCGCGGAUCCCAGGAAGGGAAGGCUCUGUGCUCAGGGAACUGCCACCGCCUCACGUCCUUCUCACCUGAGACGCUCCUUACAAUGAGGAAUCCAAGGUCCAGAGAGGAGAAGGACCUCCGCCCAAGGACCCCCACUCAAGAUCCCACUAAGGGGGCCGGGACAGGGUCAGGGUCAGUGUCAAAACAAGGGUUUUCUGCCUCAUCAAGAGAAGGAACUUUCCAAACCUGUUUGGGUUCUUGGAGGAUGAAACUAGUGGGGCGUAAGGACGGAAGGACCCCUAAAUGGGUCCUGGAGGGACAAGCAACUCCCUGGUCACCCUCCCGCCCCAAACUUUAGAGAGACAGGCCUAAAGUCCCAUUGCCCCGGUUUGACCCUUCCCAAGGGUGCACAGUGUCUUUUCCCUUCACCCAGCUAGGUUUCCCUUCUCUUCGUGUCCCCCUCCCUCCCUGGGACAUGGUGACGGACAGCGUGUUCUUAUCUGUGUGAAAUUAAUAUUUAACAUCCCUUCGGAGUCACUGGCUCGAUAUCUCUGUAACAGAAGGGGGUGAAUCGCCAUCCUGAGCGAUCGCUGAGCGCAGGGGCCCAUACAUUGCAAAUAAGUCUACUUCCUGUCCCUCAGGGGCACCCGAGGCCAAAGGUUACCAGUCUUUACCUUGUUUACCAGUGAAAAACAGGCGGACAGCUGGAUUGUUGUCUCCAGGUCAGGGGUGGGACUAGGGAGCCACGGAGGUGAUUUUCGAAGUGGUUGGAGUUGGGGGUUGGUUCGGUUUUGCCUGGGGAUGGAACCCAGGGUCUCGUCCAGGCUGGGAAAGGCUCCACCACUGAGCCACACCCCCUUCCCUACAGAGGCUCUUAAAUCAAGCCCCGUAAACACCUCUCCCAACUCGCAGGACCUGUGGGGUGGAGAAGUCCAGCUGUCUAGGCAAAGAGGUGGAUGGUUUGGGUCUGCGACCCUCCACAGGCUGGUGCGGUCCCCACCAAGGGGGCAAGUUCCAGGACCCCCUCCCUGAGGCUCCAACCCCCUAGGCAGCUCAGGGCCAUAGAUAAGCUGGAACCACCUAGAAAAUCGGGUGUUUGUGUACCCCAGCAACUGGCUGGGGCCCUGGCAUUCCUGAGAGUCCUGGGCUCUGACCCCAUUACCAGGAAGCUCCACAGCCCUGCCUUGCCCAGGUUCCAAGGUGUCACCUGCCUGCAGUCACGGCAGAGCCAAGCCCAGGAGUAAAUGAGUCAGAAUACAGAGUUUCUUCUGACCCCAGCGAAGCACCCCAAGAUCUCUAGAGUACCACAAAUGGCACUGAACCCUAGAGACACUUUUCUCCCAUAUUACACGCCCAUGAUAAAGUUUAAUUUAUAAGUUAGUCACAGUAAGAGAUUAAGAAAAACUAAUCAUAAAAUACAAUGUUAUUAAGUAAAAUAAGGUUUACUUGAACACAAGCACUGCCAUGAUGGUCAACCUGAUAACUGACAGCUACUAAGUAACUAAUGGGUAGGUAGCAUAUACCACACGGAUACCUUGGUCAAUGAAAGGAUUCACACUUGGGUAUGUGGAGCAGGAUGGCAUGAGGUUUCAUUACACUUAUUCAGAACAGCAAGCAACUUAAAUUCUAUGAAUUGUUAAGCUGUGUGUGGUGGUGUACACCUAUAAUCCCUCAGGAGACUGAGGCUGGAGAAUUCCAAGUUUGAGCCCAGCCUGGAAAACGUAGCAAGAUACUGUCUCAAA